UACCUUUACUUUAACCCUAAUCUUAACCAUAACCCUUACUAAACCCUAUCCUUAACCACUAUCGUAACCAUUUUACAUUUCAACUUCAAAUGGUUAGGGACAUCCUAAGGAUCCCUGAUUGCACGGACCGAACAAAAUAGUCGCCAGAAAGCAUGUAAAUUGACAGUCACGUGAACAGAGCAAGAGAAAUCCAUAGAAGAAUAUGCUGAAAAUCUAUGGGGGAACGCACGUUGGAUCAUGCACGCAAAAGUAUGGUCGCUCGAAUCAGAAUAUUCGACUGACGCAGAGGAAUAAACAAUAUCAAGACCAGCAGGGCUUACAUCACCGAAGUUUGGAGCGGAAACUUGGCAGGGAAACAUGGCCGAAGGAGGGGUGGGCAAAGGUGGUGAUAGAGGAGAGGAACCAGGAUCCUUGCAGGGUGGGCAGCAACAGUCCAUGCACGGCGCAGGCCACUGCAAGUGGUUCAAUGUGCGGAUGGGCUUCGGAUUUAUAUCCAUGACUAGUCGUGGGGGAACUCCCGUAGAUCCUCCUAUGGAUGUAUUUGUUCACCAAAGCAAGCUGCACAUGGAGGGCUUUCGCAGCCUGCGGGAGGGAGAGCCACUAGAGUUUACUUUCCAGAUGUCCCUCAGGGGCCUGGAGUCUGUACAAGUCACGGGCCCCGGGGGAGGCCCCUGCUUGGGCAGUGAGAGGAGACAGAAACCCAAGCCCCCAGCCCCGCAGCAGAGAUGGAAGCCAAAAGGAGACCGAUGCUAUAACUGUGGAGAACUAGACCACCAUGCCAAAGAGUGUGGCCUGCCGCCCCAGCCAAAGAAGUGCCACUACUGCCAGAGCGCGACGCACAUGGUGGCCCACUGUCCUCACCGGCCCCCCGGCCCCUUGUCUCCCGGCCCUGCCACAGCCACUCAGGGAAGACGCACUACUGUGGACCAGUACCCCUCUACCUUCACCACCACAUCCUACAGCUCCAGUCCCAGGCAGGGAAACAGGCACUCCCAGCCCUCUCAGGACAGUUCCUCCCCCCUCAGCAAGUCCUCCAGCAAGUCCUCCAGCUCUCCGGAAGACCCGGCACAGAUCCAGAGGAGAUCUGGAGGACACCACAUGUGGAAACAAUCCUGAUCCACAUCCACCAUGGAUGGAUGCCACCUGUUAGUAUUACCUCUGGUCCAAUAAAACCACCUUCCUUCAGUCUGAUCAGUCUGCUCCUCACACAGACACAUCCUGGGCUACAUCCUGAGCAACCUCAAGCAGAUCCACAUUUCUAACAAAAUGGACAGUAAAGUAUCUAUUUUACUUCCCCAAUCCCUCCCAGACUCUCCCUCUACUAAACUGUGUACAUCUUAGCUACCUCCUGGGCCAACUCAAACCAUCUCCUCAUAGAUAGACCUAUACUCUUAGCUACCUCCUGGGCCAACUCAAACCAUCUCCACAUAGAUAGACCUAUACUCUUAGCUACCUCCUGGGCCAACUCAAACCAUCUCCUCAUAGAUAGACCUAUACUCUUAGCUACCUCCUGGGCCAACUUAAACCAUCUCCACAUAGAUAGACCUAUACUCUUAGC